UGCCAUUGUACAAAGUACAGAUUCCUAGACGAGACGUCAAAAACCUGUCAGUACUAUAGAACUGCUGGUGAAAGGUAGUUGAAGGGGCAUUUGAAGUGAAUGUGGUUUGGCUGAUUCAACAUGAAAAACCCAUCUGAACGUACAUUGGUUGUCAUCGGCAACCCUGGAGCUAUAUCAUGGGCUGCCCUGGAAGGAGGCGAAGAGAAGCCCCUGAGGACCACCAGACUCUGGGUUACUACAGGCACCAUCUCAGGACGCCCCCUCUCUGUGGUAAACAUGCCUGGUGCAGUAACCACCACCCAGAGCCAGGGGGCGCUACAGGACUGGGCUCUGGAGUGUCUGUCCCUGUCUGAGUGUUCCAAGGGGAUCCACUCUUUCCUCCUGGUGGCGCCGUUGGGUCGUCUCACAGAGCAGGAGAGAAGAGGGGCUCAAUGCAUCCGAAGGAUGUUCGGAGAGAAGGCCCAUGGCUUCACUCAAGUCCUCUUCACCUACGAGCUGGAGCAGAAGGAUAGUCUUGAGGAUCUACUGAAGGAGAGAGAGGCCCAGAGGCUGGUUGAGGAGUGCGGGGGACGUUUUCACGUCUGCCCAAAGAGCAUUGGUGAAGAGCUGGAAGUCACAGGGUUACUGGGAAAGGUCGACUCCAUUUUGGAUCAGGGCACAGACCGCUGCUACACCGUGGAGAUGCACCAAGAAGCUCAACCGCUAUUGGUGGAGUUUAGGGAGCAGCUUAAGGGCCUAUUGGAUGGCUUUAUCAGACUUAAGGAAAUUAUCAAUGAAAGGGAGAGAAUGCAAGUGAAUGUGGAGAAUUUGGAACACAGGAUCUUCAGAGAGAAGCUAGCGAGGCUUCAAGAUGAGCUCUUGUUGAAGCAGAUGGAGAAAGAAAGAGACAGUGGCAUGGAGGUCCAGGCGCUGAGCUUUAUAUAUGAGUUGGACAGGUUAGUUGACAAGCUUGCCCUAAAAAGAGUGAGAGCAGUCGAGGAGGACCAUAAGAGCAGAGAGGACGUGCAGAGGUUUAGGGAGGAGUUGGGGAGGAUGGUGGAUGAAAUGGUUACCAAUCAGAAACACAAGCAUAGACAGAUGUGUCGGGAGAAGGGAGAAGAAGAGUGGGAGCUUCAGAACUUCAGGGAACAGCUAGAAAGACUGAAAAACAACAUGAAAAAGACAGAGAAGAGAGGGAACAGGAAAGAGAAGGAAGGAGUUUGUGAAGGGGGCAGGAAAGAGAAGGGAGGGAAGGAGUUUGUGAAGGGGGCAGGAAAGGGGGAUGAGGGAGAGAGAGAUUCCAGAGGGAAGCACGGAGGGAGGGUUUGA